AUGAAUAAUUAGAGUUAUUCCAAACACAAAGGUCUUAAAUACUAAUAAAUUAAGAUCAAUUUAUUUAUUGUUGUUAAUUAUUGCAAGUAGAAGAAAUAAUUGAAGUAAUAAUAUAAUUACUUCCUUCAUAACAAGCACAUGAUAAACUUUAUACAGCACAUCCAACUGCACUCACCUUAAAUGUUACAAUUAAUCAUUAAUCCAAUAGCAAGGUCCAUUUUACCAAAAUUAUAGGAACAUAUAUCUUAUGGGAAAUCAAUAAUAUUAGAAGUGAUUUCACUAUAAUUCAAUCAUUAAUUUUAAUGUUGUAUUACUGAACAUGAAGGAGGAUUUAAAUUUGGAUUCCAUCAACAAUAAAAAGCUGCUGUUAGGCAAUCAGUUUUUUAUAAUAAUGAGCAAUUGUUCUAUUAACAUUAGUUUGUUCCAUCUAACCAUAUACAACCUGGCAAUGUGUCACAAUCAUUAUGA